ACCCACACAAGCCAACAGCAAAUAAUAUUCCAUCACAUUAUGAUAUGGUAAGGGCUAUAGUGUAUAACACUGAACCUCAAACUUUCCCUUCAGUCAUCGAGGUAGGUAGUGAUGCUAGCAAGCCAGCUAACGAGUUGAUCAGUGUUGUAAGUAGGAAACGGCGUGUGUUCGCAAAUGGAACGUAACUGCGCCUAUACUGUACUUAGUUACAAAAAUAACAAACGUGUGUUUUCCGAGCCACUUCUGAAACCAUGUUUCAGUAUGAUAUGUUAGAUAAAGGAAUAAAGACGGACACAAAUGUCAAGUUCAAUAGCCUUGUUUGUGCAUUGUACAAAUCCCUACACGUGGAGUCCGGGGAACAGUCCGGCUAGUCGAAUACCUAUCAACUAGACUCCGUAACAGUUAACUAGCUUGCUAACACGUUAGCUCGUCAGUUUAGUUAGAUUGCUUUAGCUAGAAAGCUUUCGAAUCUGGUAACAUUUUAGCCAGCUAAAGUAGGUAGUUAGUGAUCUAGCUAGUGAUCUAUUUAGGUAUAGGAUUAGUUAGCAUCAACUAACACUGCUUGUUGUAUUAGCAAAUGUGGGUUAGCUAUCAUGCUAAUUAGCAUGCUAACGUUAUUCUAGAUAGCUAGCAAGCUAACAAAAGACUUACCUCAAUGUGUUUUUUAGGUUCGACGGCGAGUUCUUGAACGCUAGUAUUUCCUGAACUUUUGUUAAACAUAACAGACAUUUUAUCCGGUAGGAUGAAUCCUUUAUUCCGAGAAAAUAAAACAUUUAUUGUAGAUACAGCCAAGGGUGUUCGUCCUCACCAGGAGGUGGUGAUAGAGCGAUAUCAGACAUGAUUGGGCGUUGAUGACUGUUUCACCCGGUGGGUGAGGUUAUUUUAUUUUACACAACUUAUUUUCAUUUGUUUUCAAUCAAAUAUAUUUCAAACCAUACUUUGCAUACUGUACAUGCGCUACACACAAAAUGAUCAAAUCAAGAUUACAUUGCCUUGAAACAAGAAGGCACCAUUCACACCUGUUGUCUCUUUCAUAAAGUAAAUGAGCUGUAAACGUAUGGACAGUACCUGAAAUAAAAAACAAACAUUAAUGAUGCAAUGAUUGUGUUGAGGAGAGGGUAGGGUAAGUGUUAAUUUUGUAUGUGUGUCACAUGGUUAAGGUGAUUAGGCCAGGGGAGGGGGGAAGUGUGUUGCAAAUGACCUCCUUGAGAGGAAAAUGUCUUGUCUUCCAAGGGAACACCACACCCCACUAUUCUAACUUUCUCUUUAGAGUUUGGUAUAAAAACGGCACUGCUGAUCUCCAGUGUCAGAGAUCUAUAGCAAGAAACAUAUCUUAGAUCUACAAGUUAUUCAGUCACAGAGACUGAGGACUAGACCAAGACUAGAGAGCAACUGACACAGAUCUAAACAACAGAGACAUUUCGAUGGACUGCAGCUUUGUGUGUGUGUCUAUACCAGUAGGAGAUUGGGCAGUGAGGAAGAGGAUAUUUCCCUCCCUGAUACACUUCCCUUUGUCCCAUUUCCAUUGGCUCCCGUCUUGAUGUAAUCAUUGGGAUGCCAGAGGUCAAGACAAUGCCGCACAGACGGGUGCUAGGACCAUGGGGCGCAGGAAGAGAACUAUCUUCACCAAAGAGCACCUGAAGCUUCUGCGGGUGGAUUUUGAUGUUGAUCCCUACCCAAGCAUUGCCGUGAGGGAGCGCCUAUCCCAAGCCACUGGCCUAACAGAAUCCCGCAUUCAGGUGUGGUUUCAGAACAGGAGAGCCAGAACAAUGAAGCACAGGGACCACAAAGUCUCCCCUCAGCCAGAGUCAGCUCACCCUAUCCCCAGUCCUUUUCUACCUACACAGUCUUUCUCCAAACUCCUCCAUGGGAUCAAAGAUGUGACCCACCAGGUCGACAUAGAGGAAGUCUCUUAUGACCAGCCGCUGAGCCACAGUCAGAUGCAUGAGGAGGACUGCUUCUACGGUCCCUCAUCUUGUCCCCCCACCUUCCCGCUCUCUCCAGGGGAUGCCGGAUACAGCAGUCCCUCAUUCAGUGUGGGAGUGAGACAUGACAGGUUCCUGGACACUAUCUCUCCAGGUGCUUUGCCAGAAGCUCAAUGGUGCAACGUUGCCCAAGAGUUCCCGUUCUGCUCCCAGGGGGAGGGCCAGGACUUCCGCUACUCACCUCCAUCUGGACUUCUUCAUCCCCAGUACGCCCACGGCGGACUCCAGUCCAUUCGUGCCAGCAGCACCUUCGACCCGUUCUCCAGUUGCCCUGCCACACCGGACUCAGCCUACUGGGACAUAGGACUUGAGAACCCCUAUCCCAUAGACCAGGGUUUGCUCUACAGGGAAGUCUCCGAUGAGUACUCAAAUCCUUCUGGGCACUUUGAUGCUAUGCAAGAAGCCCCACUACAUGAACUGUCUUCCCAGUGGCAGGACCAGUAAACACCCCUACCAUAUUCUAGAUCUUCAAGGGUUGCCAACACUCCAGGUUUGAAUAGGUCUAGCUCUUGUGAGAAGUAGUGCUGUUCCGGGAUGGUCUCAAUGAAACAAAUAAUGAACAUUUUAAUUAUGUCGAUGGACUUCUAAUCAAUCCCAGAAUGAAUUCGGCAACAUUAAGGCAUGCCUGACUGUAUUAGCCAUGUACAAUAGGACUGCAUGAAUGAACAUAGCUGUUGCGUUAUGUAGGGAGGUACGUUACUACUAUAAUAUAGUGUUCAUCUAUUUAUUUUUAAAACAUGUAUUUUACCAGGUGAGUCAGUUAAGAAAAACACAUAUUUACUGGCUAUAAAGGGUGUAUAAUAUGAGUAGAAUAAUACAUUGACAAUUUAUUUAACAUAAUGUAUCACAAUUUAUUCCAAAUAAACACCUACU